AAAGACAAAGUUAUACAGGAGGGUGCCUAUCGCUGCCCUGAUCACAGCCCCCAGCGAUUUCCCAGCUUCGGGGUAUCCCCGCAAUGGAUACAAUUUUCACAGCUGGCUUUCUGUGAGGGCCCCCUCACUGACAAGGCGUUCAGACUCAUGGUCACAGAGCGGAGAGAGCUGAGAGCUGCUGCUUUGUUCUAGGAGCUGUGAGGACAGCUUCUGUCGGAGGGCAGGCAAGGACCUUUAGACUGAAGCAGCAGUUUGUAAUCAGAGUGGGGCAGGAUUGGCAGCACAGAGAGUCAGGACUGACAGCAACCAUGAACCAGGCUAAACCUGAAGACAACACGGGAAACAGCUCGGCUGUGGCGCUGGUGGAGAGCAAUGCCAACCCUGCUGGCCUGCAGCUGGUCAGCAGCUACCAAACCAAUCGCAUCGGAGAUCCCCUCGACAUUGUAGCCUUGGCAGAGCAGAUCCAGAAGGCGGAUGAGUUUGUACACGCCAAUGCUUGUAAUAGACUGACUGUGAUCGCUGAACAAAUCCAGUAUCUCCAAGAGAAAGCCCGAAAGGUCCUGGAAGAGGCCAAGAGGGAUGCAGAUCUCCAUCACGUUGCCUGCAAUGUUGUGAAGAAGCCAGGCACAGUGUACUUCAUGUACAGGCGGGAUUCUGGCCAGCGGUACUUCUCCAUCCUUUCACCAAAGGAUUGGGGGCCGAGCCCACCUCAUGAGUUCCUUGGUGCGUACAAGCUGCAGCCUGACAUGUCAUGGACACCGUACGAGGAGAUAGAGAAAAGAGAUUCCGAAGUUGGUCUCAUUAAGAAGCUCCUGACCCAGCAGCAGACACUGCCACACAACACAGAGCCCAACUUCCACGGACUCGAGCCAAUGAUUCUCCCUGCCAGCAAGAACAGCCACAAAGAUCCAAACGCCUCCUGAAAAAGCGGCUUUGAUUCCAGAAAAUACCGAGUUCUCUGACAGUCACGCGGGAUAAUUUUAAAACCUUGUUUCAUGCCUAUUUCUUUGUAAUUCAUGGUUCCAUUUCUUUCAGCAACACAGCCUGGAAAUGACUGCGCGCUAACACUGAUAUUUUCAUUUGAUUUCCCUUUUGUUUGUUUACAUCAGAGGGUAGGUAGUAUUCUAUGUAUAGGAAUUGGAGCAGCGUUGUAUAAAAUAACACACCAGGGAUGAGCAUAAGGAAACAAUAAGCAUUUACCUGCUAAUAUCAGCGACAGCAAACCUGGUUAAGAAGGGAAGGUUUCAUUUUCCUGCAUGAUGCCAAACAACACAAAUAGUUAUAAUCACCUGAGGUUCUCAGAUACACAGAUGAAAUUAGCAAAUUGGACUAAGUUAUUAUUUUACUUACCUGCACUUUGAAUGUGAUAACAAGGGACCUGGUUAUAAAUUGCUCACCCCAAAGGUAUCACUAUUGUUAAUUGUUAUGAAAUAAGAAUAUUAAAAAUAAGCAGUAGGAAACUAUACAGUCCCUCAGGUCUGCUCCAUCCAUUCAUCAUGGCUGAUUUUUAUCUCAGCUCCCCUUUUCUGCCUGUUACCAUAUCUCUCAAACCAAAAAUCUGUCCUGCUGCCUUCUAUUCAACGAUGGUACAUCUGCAACCUUCGGUGGUAGACACGUCCAAAGACUUUCAACUCUGAGUGAAGAGGUUCUUCCGAAACUCUGUCGUAAACGAUUGGACCCUGACCCUUUAAGCUCCAUACUCUAAAUUCCUCCCAAUGUACUUAAACUGCACAUCUUUAGACUGUGGGGGCGAACUGGAGCGCCCGAAAGAAACCCAUGCAGUGACGGAAACUGUGAUUCUAAUGCUGUGUAGUGUGUGAAGGGACUGAUGUGUUUCACACAGCCAUCAGUUUACUGAAAUCCCCUCUACAAUGGAAAUAAACUUUGAGUUUUGAAAACUGA